AUUCCUCUGGCCCCGUAUCUUGACUUUUUUUUUCCGUGAACAACUCUGCUCUAGGUCCUUACACCUCCCGUUGUUCAUCCUUCAGGCUCCAGCCAAAUAACAUUCUCUUCAUAACCAUCGCUACCCACUUUUCUCUCUCCUCCUCCUUCUCCUCCUCUUUGUAUUAUUCUUAUUGGUGGUGGUAGGAAGAUGAACUACAGAUGGCUUUUACCUCUUCUGUUGCUUUUCAAGAGCAUGCAGUCAUCAUUAGAAGAGAACUGGAGCGAGUCUAGUAAGAAGGUGAUGAUACAAGAUGCUUACUUGCAAUGGAUAAAGAAGAUGGGUUCGUUAAAACAUUCUGUUUUCAAGGCAACCAAGAAUAAGGUGACUCCCACCAAGACACUCACAGUUGACAAGACCAACACAAAGGGUUGCUUUGUUUCAGUGCAGAAGGCCAUUGAUUCUCUUCCCUCUGUUAGUCUUCAGAGGGUGAUCAUUAACAUACAUGAAGGGGUGUACAAGGAGAAGGUUGAGGUUCCGCCCACCAAGGCCUACAUUACACUAGUUGGUGCAGGAGCAGAUAAGACCAUCAUUGAGUGGGGGGACAGCGCAGACCACAUUGGAAAAGAUGGAAAGCCAUUAGGAACAUUUGGGUCUGCAACUGUUGCGGUUAACUCUCCAUACUUUUGUGCCAAGAACAUCACAUUCAAGAACACGGCGCCGCUUCCGCCAUCAGGUGCAUCAGGCAAGCAGGGCGUGGCGCUCCGGAUCUCCGGCGACACGGCUGCAUUUGUGGGGUGCAAAUUCUACGGUGGACAAGACACACUGUAUGAUCACGUGGGUAGGCACUACUUCAGGGACUGCUACAUUGAAGGCUCUGUGGACUUCGUUUUCGGCAAUGGCCUGUCCUUGUAUGAAGGGUGCCACCUCCAUGCCAUAUCUGACGCAUAUGGAGCACUGACAGCGCAGAGGAGGGGAAGCAUUCUGGAGGAGACUGGGUUCUCCUUCUUGAGGUGCAAGGUCACUGGUUCUGGAGCACUGUACCUAGGGAGGGCUUGGGGCACCUUCUCAAGGGUGGUCUUUGCCUACACCUUCAUGGACAACAUUAUCAUGUCUAGGGGAUGGUACAAUUGGGGUGAUCCAAGAAGACAAAUGACCGUUUUUUAUGGGCAAUACAAAUGUUAUGGGCCUGGAGCAAACUUUUCAGGAAGGGUUUCGUGGUCCAAGGAGCUCACCCCCCAGGAGGCCGAACCUUUUCUUUCGCUAAACUUCAUUGAUGGCUCUGAAUGGCUCCAUUACUGAAUAGAGAUUAGACUGUGCGCCUGUUAGAAUCAGUCCCGCAUUGCCGAUUGAUUUUGUGAACAAACACAUUAAUAUAAUACUGCACAGUUUCUCCUGCCCUUUAUGUUCA